GGCAGUUAUUAAAACGGGAACAUGGCGGCCGCAGCCCCAGCUUCAGCUUCAUCUUACAAAGCGAAGGUCAGCGCCGGCGGCGGCCGCGGCGGGAGGCGACACUGACCCCGCACACUUGAGAUGUAUCUGAGUGCUGGGGCCCCCCAUACACACAGACUCUAGAACUCCUUGCCUGCCUCGCUGAGUCUCGGUGACCCCUUCUCCCUGCUCUGUUGUGGUGGGAAAAUGUGGAGAAUGAAAUGGAAGCAAUGGAAACUUAGCCUAACCAGUUCACGGUCGUCUUCUGGAUGAGACUUGAUUUUGGAGAAAAGGGAAUUAUAGGAAAAAAGACCAGUGGUCACAGCAAUAAGAUGGUGUGGGAAUGCAGCACAGUCUGCUCAGCGCAACGGAACCAAAUUUUCAUGGCUAUUUUUAAAACAAUAAAUGUAAUUGUGGAAUAAUUUAUGUAUUUCCUUUUUCAUAAUGUCCCACCCACAUAUAGACUUGGUUUUGCACUACUGUGCUUUAUUAGAUUCUGUGUUUAUUUGUAAUAUAGACACUGUAAUUCUGUCCUCCCAUCUCUCGGCUUCCCCCUUAAGAGCUUUCAAAUCAUGCUUUGAAAUAUUAGCGCUCCUCUUACUCAAAAAUAUUCUUCUUCAGCUUUCAGAUGAGUGCCACUUUGAAUUUAUUUCUGACACUUCUCAUUUUUGUGCAUUUAAGAAACCAAGUGGAGUGCGCACCUUCUCUGUUUUCCCUUAGAUAAACUGAUAUCAUCAAAAAAAAAUAGGACCUAAUUUGUAUCAGCGUUACAAAGUUGGUAACUCUGUGUAUGUAUGUCUUAAUAUCAUUCUGAUUUUUAGUUUUACGAAAGUUAUUAUCUCACGUCCCUUUACCAAUACAGAAUUGGAUAUGACUUAAUCAUGGACAUGGGUGAAAACAAAUACAUGGAUGUGGAAGGGAAUAAAAUGAGAAAUUGAAUUGUAACUUGAGUAGAAUAAACAAGUAUCUUUGGUGACAAAUGUUUGGCAAAUACACUGUUACGACUUGUGAGUUCAGUUGUAAAAGUAAUAAUUUUUAUUGUUUGACUGUAAAUAGAAUGAUACAUAUUCUGAUAGCCAGCCUUUAGGAACAUAUAUUCAAAUAUUGAAAUCCCGAGAUAGGACUUAAAUCUCUGUUGCACAGUUUAUAUCCAUAAUAGCUAGGAAAUCCUAAAAUAAGUUAUACUCUUAUUUUUCAUGUGCAAGCAGAUUCUAAGGUUUCUUGGCCCAAAUCUCCCAUAUCAAGUGUGAAAACGGUCACUUAAGCAUGGAAAUUCACCUAUUUUAGUAUAGACAACAUCUAUGCAAUUAAGUAUAAUUCUGGUAAUUGUGUGCUUCCCGUGUAUCUCAGGAUACAGUUAAUGGAACAAGUUGCAGGUCUCAGGACUUAAAUAACUCAGUAAAUAAACCAAUUGCUAUAAAAUAUGGCAGAAAUAGAAAGAUUGAGCUUCUGCAUUCAGUGCUGUUCUACAAAUUAAAUGAGCGUUCAGUUGUCUCCCAAGCAUAAUGCACAAAUGGAUGGUACUAAAAUAUGCAUUGUUAUUACUGGGCAAAAGAGGUAUUUAGGAAAAAAAAGAAAACUUCAAAGUAAUGAUUUUACUUUUUACAUAAAUGCAGUUUAUUACUCCCCUCUUUGCUUUGUUUUUGUGUCCAUUUUCUGUCUGCUGGUGUUAUAUCAUCUGCACGCUUAGUUUUUAAAUGCUCUUGUGAAAGUAUCGCUCUAUUACUUCCAGCUGAGUAAGUACUCAGUUGCACCUCAUAAGCUUUCCAAGUCACGUCUUACAGCAGUGACAACUCUGGUCGGAAAACAACUGAGGUUUUAAAGCCCAGUUCUUGUUCUUGUAAACCAUGUUAGUGAUGCUUGGAGUUGAUUGUGGGCCUAUCGAUGAAUGACGACGGUGUAAUUUCAAUUAUUCCAUUCAGUGGUGAUGUAGAUGCUGAUCGGUUUUCAGAUACGAAUCCAGCCGUUGGCCACAUGUGCUAGCGUGUCCCAUUAAAGGGCAGCCCUCAGAGAAAACGAGUCCUGAAAGAGCAGGCCUGUAGUUGAGACGUUUCCUACAUAACUGGGAAGUAAAAAUGGGUGGAGAAUUUCAAAGACAGUGAUGAGCUAUCACUGGCCUAUAGCAGUGAAAAUAAAAACAUCAACCUUAAAUGAGACAAGGUAGAAGACUCGUUUCUUCAAUUGUCAUGUGCCAAACGAAGUUCUUGGUUAAUCCAAGUGUUCUCAGAAAGGAAAAAAUGUUGGAAGUGUAAGCAAGGCCGUUUUUAUUCUGAUGCCAUUUCUAUGAUUCAAGAUUAACAUCAACAACUUUUGUCACUAGGAAUGCAAUAUAACCAUUAGCAGAGGAAAAUCUGUCCAACUGUCUGGGGAUGAUUCCUCUGCUGUUGUAAAUUAGCUGGAAUUCUUGUGAAAAGCUUUCCACAUCAUGAAUGCUUUGGAGAGUAUCUGUGCAGGCUUCAGCUGGUUUUAAUUUGCCUUACUUAGCAGUAUAUUAUGUCCGUGUUUGCUCCUAAAAGUUGUGCACGAAUAAUUACUUGUCAGUCUACAAAUGGUACAACAGAACUUUGAUUGCAAAGCCAGCUUUGGAUGGGCUAGACACAAAACAAGAGCUGUACAAGUUCUUUUCUAUGCAUUUAGUUUUCUUUGAAAUUACUUCCUGUUGUUGUUGUGCUGUCACCCCUUGGCACUCUGUAACUUCACGAAACCUUACGUAUAGUAGUUUAAAUCCUCAUGGUAAAUGAUUAGCACUUGUAAGUCCAUUUAUUUACAUCCAUUUUAAUGUUUUCUGCUGAAGUAUGGAGGCUUGGUUUAAUUAUCUUGACUUAGCCAAAUAUUUUUGUCUGAUUCUGCCAAUUUCAUGACCUAUAGGGAAGGUAUGUUUAAUUUAAGAUCCAAGGGCACUUGUGAAGGGCUUGUGCAUGUGUGUUCAAAGGAAAAAUGAAGAAAAAAAAUCCUUUUUUUUUCUUUUCCACCUUUUAAAACUACAAAAAAUGUGUUUUAAUGGGUUUCCUCAGUACCGUGAUACUUUGUAUGGUUUCUGUUCCUCCUUGUUCUUAAGCUGCUUUUCAUUGUAUCUUUUUUAGUUUGGCUCCUCUGGAGUACAAGAGUCAGAUUUCUCAUGUUCAGCUUGUUGGAACAGGUUUUACUCCAUCUUCUUUCUUUCCCUUUGCUGGGUUUGUGUACGUGCAAAUUUGAGAAAUAUCUACCUUCCCUUGAUGAUUAAAACAUUUCAUUUCUUUGCAGGGUAAAAAGCCAAUACCUCCUUAUAAAAAUCAAUACAAAUUUACUUGUCUUCAGUUUAAGCGAUAGUUCUGCAUUUUUGUAUAUCUGAUAGAUCCAACCUGUUCAUUUGAAUUCUUGGGCAGAAGUCACCAACGCUGAAAGACCUCAACCACACCAGGUGUAUAUCUGAACUGAUGGGGUGGGUAGUAUCUGCUGCUUACAGUCAGAAGUACUUCAGAACCGUGUUCUUGUGAGUGAAGUAGAAAGAGUAUUUUCUUCAAUUACAAAUUGUGAGCGUGGUUGUAUUUCUGAAUGUUGUUGUUUUAAGCUGAUCUGCUAAUGUAGAUAUCUGCCUACUUGAUUUGUUGUUUUUAUAGGUUUUUUUAUGAAAUAAAUUUUGAGAUGUAUUUAUGAUGUUGAAGUUCUGUAUUGCCUAGGGGAAACAACACAAACAAAAACAUAAAUGAAAAGCUGUAUCAGCCAAUCAAGAUAUUUCAUUCCUGUUGAGAUCAGUGAGGGAGCUAAAAGAAGGAACAUAUUCCAAGGGCACCUUCAAUCUGUAAAUACGAGCUUUUUAGGCCUGACUUCAGUAAUUUUUGUAUUCUGAAAGGCUUCAAGGAGGAUUAUUCCUAAAAUUUGUUUAUGUAGUUCUUCCUUCACGGUACUGUUACCCAAAAAGUCACAUCAGUUGUUCUAAGAUAAACCAGAAAGCAAAAUCUGAUAAUGAUGUGUCACUACGUCAGUUUUGCUUUAUGGCAUUAGCUGUUUGGAGAGGUCAGAAGCACGUUUUGUGUUUUGUACUGAGGUUUCACAGGAAAAAAAAAAUGCAGGAAAUUGUGCCAUCUUACUAAAGAGGAUGUUCCAAUUGUCCAGUCUCUGAUAAUCUCCCUCGUGCCACCUUGUUCUGUGUGAGAGUUUGUGGUGGGGUUUUUUUUGCUUACUGAUUGUGUUUAUUUUUUUUCUCUCAAAAGAAUUUCAUUUUGAAGGUACGUCCUCUUGGACCUAACAGAAGCACUAGAGAAAUGCUUUCUUUUUUUGUGUGUGUGUGUGUGUGUUAGUAUAAUAUUGUAUUUUUCUCCUUCAUGGCAAGAUUCUUGAAAACGGGGGAAGCAACGGUUAGUUUGUUCGGAAACUUUCAGGCUGUACCUUCGUAUGUAUGUACUCCUUCAUUGAACUUCACAACACUUUAACACAAACCAUACAUCAGUGAAUAUCAUCGUCUUUUUCAUUUAGGAAAGCAGACACAUGCAUAUUUGGUUCCGCACCGGUAUUAAACAUAAGACUUGCUGGAUACCAAUUCCAUGCUUAGUUCCCUAGGUCUUGCUGUUUGUGCAGAGAUAUUGAUCUUGAGCAUAUUUAGCAAUCUCUGCCAGUUGCCCCCGUGAAUGUUCCAGGCUUUGUCACACACUUGAUGUGCUGCCCUGGUGGAGGGCUCAUUUGCCAGGAGGCUGUGUUCUCUACCUUGGGACUUUUCCCAAUGUUGUGAAGAAUGAUUUAAGCUUUGUAGGAAUGUUCAUCCUGUAAUUUUGGACAUCUAUGUUUUAAUAAUUGUAUUACUAUUUUUACACAUGAUCCUGAAUGUUUCCAGAUGUUAUUUGAAGUCCUGGAUUGCAAGGACAUGUGUUUCAAGGACUGAGAUUUAUUACUUUUACGUAACAAAUGGAAUAAUAAUGCUAGCACUAUAUACAUGCUUACUAGUAGCAUAAAUUAAUGCAAGUGUAAUGUACAGCAAUACUGCUCUGAAGGUACAUAUGAAAAAAUCAUCUUCUUUAUCAUGUUUUACAAAAGUGAUGAAUGCUAAGGUAGAGGGAUUGCUGACAUACCCUUUCACCAUAACAUGUAGUGGGGAAAUACUCUUCUGCUGUUUUUAUUUCUGCACAGGUCCUUUGAACUUCUUGUCUUCCUGGAGUAUUUUUUAAAUGUGUUUGGCUGUAUGGCAGGGAGAAGCUGGCUUUGCACUUGCUAUGGAAACCCAGGAAAAGACAGUGUGCUUGGUAAAGUGGAAUCUGUGUACUCCGCUGUUAACAAAGCUUAAAAGCAUGGACAGACAUCGAGCUUUCAAGCUGUACGGGUUACUUGGGGAAGGUGUGCUGGCAGAGGCAGAGUACACAGAGCAGCAUUCCACAGAGCUUGUGACUUUGUACCCUGGAAGCAUUUGGCAACCUGCAGAGAUUGUUACAGCAAACAUUUUAACUCAGUUUGAAAAAGUUACUAUUACAGAAAGAAAAUAAUCUUUUAACCUUAAAUAAACAUGUUCUGAAACUUGUUAGAGAAAAAAAAAAUAGGCUUUUUUUCUUUUGUGGUUUUGUUUCAGGAUAGGCCCUGCACAUGCGAGGGUUUUGCAUCUGUUUUAGUACAGCUUGAUCAUGUUGGCUACACAGGGCAAUUGGCAGCCCAGCCACAACAUUUCAUGUGUAGUAAAAAUACAUGGGUGCUAAUCAGAUUAUGAGGACUGAAAAAAGGCUGGCCUAAAACUCAACCAAAUUAGAAGGGAAAAUCAAGAGUUUUGACAGCAUGUUGUAAACCUGACUAUUCUGGACAGAACACGGUUUGAAACAUACCAAGACAAUUAUUGCCAGUCUUGUAUGUUUUGGCAAUAUGCAUUGUUUUGGGUUUUUUUAAUCAAGUGGACAGAGUAAAAAGUAAAGUCAGGAGAUAUUAGGAAAACUAGCAGAUGAAUUUUGGAGUUAUGAAUUAUUGCCAGGAUAUGGUUAUUAUGAGGCCAUAGGAAGUUUAACAGCAGCAAUAAUAGUGACUGGAAAUCCCUUAAGCCCAGCUGGAAGUGGGUGAGAUGAUAGGAAUGGCAUGCUUUUGUCUCCUGAUUGCCCUGAAAGUAUCAUCAAGCUUGCCUUGAUGUCUUACAAUAUCUGUCUUAGCUGGCAGUGCAUGCGGGGCAUCUUUGCUCCUCAGCAGUCCUAAGACAAUCAGUGCAGCCCUUGAUGAAGGACAGGUGACCAAUUUUUAAUAAUGUUUGGUCAUCUUGCAAACUUUGGGUCUCUGGUUAGAGAGGGAUGCCAGCUGGCAUUGUGCCUGGCUGAAGGUUUGCACAGAGCUUGGCAGAAGGCGCAGCCCUUUGCCCCACUGCAUGCUCCUUACGUCUUAUUAACAGAAAGGAUUUGGGAUUGCCACCAACAGGUGUCCGAGUAGGAAGUGGCCAUCUAUAGGUUUUAGGUGUGAAAAGCUAUUGUAGCAUGCUGUUUUUUAGCUAUUUUUGUUUUACCACUUCUAUGAGUGGACACUUGAACAUGGCACGAUUCAGAUUUUUUGAUCAGGUUGUGGUCCACCUCACUUUGCAGUAUGGGCCCAUGCACAUUCCAACAAGCGUUAUGUUUACCUGGAAGGCUGGUGUGCCAGAUUAGCACAACAAUACAUGGUGUGGUACAGAUUUGGGUGGUUCCUGAAUUUCAUCAGUGGAAAAAAAUUAGCUAUGUGUUUGGGCUGGGUUCAAGCUAAGGCAUAACUUCCUGCUUGGGAUCUGUGCUUGUGGGUCACUUGGUAAAUAAAAGUCAGCCCAUUUCUGACAAAUAUCUUACUUCGUAUUCUCCCUUCAGUGUCGUCAUUUCAGGAAUAAAAGGGUCUUCCACUUUGUUUACCAACAAUGGUGACUCUAGUAUAGAAUUCCAGUGAGUUGUUGAAACUAUGAACUUAAAUGUUAGUAGGAUAUUGUUUCCUAAAGAGAUAUUUAAACAAAAUAUUGUCUGGGUGAUGUUCAAAAUACGCCUUUUAUUUGGCUUAGAAAAGCAGUUGAUGAUGAGCUGCUAUUUUUUGAAAAACCCUCUGUGCAUUUGUAUUUUAGCUGUGGAAAAGGCUCAUAUAAAUGAGUAGUAUGAGCAAUGUGAGCCAUUCAGACUAUAAAUAAUGCAUCUCCAAAGACAUCCAAUUUGCGAACAUAGUUUUGAUAUGUUUGAAAACACUGUUCAGUAAUUACUAGUUUUGAGUUUGACACUGUUUCGAUAGGAACUCUAAUGGCUAUUGAAAUAGGUAUGAAAGAAAAAGUGAACUGUUCUACUUAACCAUUUAUGUAUUUUCUUUUUUUUAACUUAAAAUGAUCCAAAAAUUUCCAGAUUUUCUUAGCAAUGGAGCAGCUUUCAUCCUUCAUUCUCCCCGAGACCAUCAUGUGCUUCUAAUAGAGUCAUAGAGGGAAAAUAUUGUAAGUAGGAUCAGAUGCCAACCGUGGCCUUUUGGACCACCAUUUGGAAACUGCUGCUUUUUAAUAUUUAUUUAUUAGUUCAUAGUGUUGCUCUUUUGGCUACAGCAUGAAUACACGUUUUAAGUGUUAGUUCUAUAAAGAUUGUAAUGCUGACUGUCAUGAUUUUCAUCUUAAAUAAAUCUUUCACUGCUGUAGUAUUUUCUCACUUUUUUCAGAUAUGAUCUGCUGUGUUGGAAAAUGUGAUUGCUCUAAGUACAUGUGGAAUCAUUUUAAAAUAAUAAUAAAUAUAUUGCCAUAUUGCUUUUCAUGGGCUCUAAUAUUCAGAACAGUGAUCAAAUACACACUUUGUUUAAGAAAGCAUUUACGUAGCAUUUAACACAGUAACAUAUGCUUUCUUAAAUAGGUGUAUCUCCCGUGCAAGAAAUCAAUCUUGCUUUUGUUACUGAUUAUCAUGGAUCUAUCAGCUUGGUUAUUGUAAAAGUACAGUUACAGAACUGCAAACAGUAACUGAAAAAAACAUGAAUAUGGUAAAAUUCAUUCUUGUGUUUGGACUGAAAAGUGGUUGAAUGAAACUUGAGUUGCUUUUAGGUUUUGGUUCAUGGCUUCUUACAUGUACUUAUUUGAAGACUAUAAAUACCUAAAGAUAGCAGCAAUGAAUAAAAAGGUUUUAUUGGUCUAACUGUGGUGCUGUUCCUGCGACAGAUCUCUUGAAUCUUGUGGCCUUUGGCUUUGAUUUUUGUUGGAGGCAAUUUCUCUUCACGUAAUUAUUUCAUGGUGUUUGCAUGGCACUGAAGCCUGGCAUGCAGGGUGUGCACUGAGGUGUGUGUGUGAUAGCAGCACUGUAUGUGUGUGCUUUGCCUUCCAGUGGAGGGACAGCAGAUGAAGCAGCACUGGCUGUCUCUGUCACAGAUAGCCAUGCUCUCCUCUAAACUCUAAUGGCAGAGAGUUGUUUUGCUGGGAACCCCUGCUUCACCGCGCACAGGAUGGACCUGCUCUGGGGAUGAGCCUGGUGCCCGCGGGGCGAAGGCUGUUCUCCGUGGUGGCCCAGCCUCGCUGACAGCAGGAGCCGUACGGAUGCUCUACGCAGCUGCGAGCUGCCCUGGGGAUUGGGACUUUCUUCCUGGCCGUGCUACAGAGUUCCUGUGUGAUGCUAGUUGCUGAUAUGUGUUCAAGAUGAGUGGGAUGGGAGAAAAUACCUCUGACCCAUCCAGGGCAGAGUCAAGAAAGCGCAAGGAUCCCGAUCAGCUUGGACCCAGCCCUAAAAGAAGCACUGAGAAACGCAAUCGUGAGCAAGAGAAUAAAUACAUAGAAGAACUUGCAGAGCUGAUUUUUGCAAAUUUCAAUGAUAUUGACAACUUUAACUUCAAACCUGACAAAUGUGCAAUCUUGAAAGAAACUGUGAAGCAAAUUCGUCAGAUAAAAGAACAAGAAAAAGCAGCAGCAGCUAAUGAAGAUGAAGUGCAAAAAGCAGAUGUGUCAUCUACGGGUCAGAGUGUCAUCGACAAGGAUGCGCUUGGACCAAUGAUGCUUGAGGCCCUGGAUGGGUUCUUCUUUGUAGUGAACCCAGAAGGUAAUGUUGUGUUUGUUUCGGAGAAUGUGACGCAGUACUUAAGGUACAACCAAGAAGAGCUGAUGAACACAAGCAUAUAUAGCAUCCUGCACGUAGGGGACCACAAUGAAUUUGUUAAAAUCCUGCUGCCCAAAUCUUUAGUGAAUGGGGGAUCUUGGUCUGGUGACACUCCUAGGCGUAAUAGCCAUACCUUCAACUGUCGGAUGCUCGUAAAACCGCUUGCUGAUUCUGAAGAAGGCCAUGAUAAUCAGGAAGCACAUCAGAAAUAUGAAACUAUGCAGUGCUUUGCUGUUUCUCAACCAAAUUCCUUCAAGGAGGACGGUGAAGAUUUGCAGUCUUGCUUGAUUUGUGUUGCAAGAAGAGCUCCAAUGAAGGAAAGGCCACUUCUUCCUUCAUCAGAGAGCUUUACUACUCGCCAGGAUCUACAGGGCAAAAUAACUUCACUGGAUACCAGUAGCAUGCGAGCAGCUAUGAAACCUGGCUGGGAAGAUUUGGUGAGAAGAUGUAUUCAGAGGUUCCAUUCGCAGCAUGAGGGAGAAAUAUCUUUUGCCAAAAGGCAUCACCAGGAAGUGCUGAGGCAGGGACUAGCAUUUAGUCCUGUUUACCGGUUUUCCUUGUCGGAUGGCACUAUAGUUUCUGCCCAAACGAAGAGCAAACUCAUCCGUUCCCAGACUACUAGUGAACCUCAGCUUGUCAUCUCCUUGCAUAUGCUUCACAGAGAGCAGAAUGUCUGUGGAAUGAAUCAGGAUUUGACUGGACAAGGAAUGGGAAAGAUAUUGAACCCAAUUAGCUCCAGCAGCCCUGCCCAUCAGGCCAUGUGCAGUGGGAACCCAGGUCAGGAUAUGACCAUCAGUAGCAAUAUGAAUUUUGCCAUAAAUGGCCCAAAGGAACAAAUGGGCAUGCCAGCAGGCAGAUUUGGUGGUUCAGGGGGAAUGAACCAUGUGUCAAGCAUCCAAGCAUCCACUCCUCAGGGUAGUAACUAUGCACUAAAAAUGAAUAGCCCCUCUCAAAGCAGCCCCGGCAUGAACCCAGGGCAGCCAAACUCUAUGCUUUCCCCAAGGCAUCGCGUGAGCCCUGGAGUGGCAGGCAGUCCUCGAAUCCCACCUAGUCAGUUCUCCCCUGCAGGAAGCUUGCAUUCACCCGUGGGAGUUUGCAGCAGCACAGGAAAUAGCCAUAACUACACCAACAGUUCCCUGAAUGCCCUUCAGGCCCUCAGUGAGGGCCAUGGAGUUUCUCUAGGAUCGUCGUUGGCUUCACCUGACCUAAAAAUGGGAAAUUUACAAAAUUCCCCUGUGAAUAUGAACCCUCCCCAGCUAAGCAAGAUGGGAAGCCUGGACUCUAAAGACUGCUUUGGACUCUAUGGGGAGCAAUCAGAAGGUACAACUGGACAAACAGAGAGCAGCUGCCAUUCAGGAGAACAGAAAGAUAACAGUGAGAGCAGCGUGCCAUCGGUAGUGAGUGGCGAGAGACCUGAUGGACAGAAUAAGCUGCACGAUGGAAAAAGCCAGACAAAGCUCUUACAGUUGCUGACCACCAAAUCGGAUCAGAUGGAGCCUUCGCCUUUGUCCAGUACCAUGGGAGAUAUCAGCAAGGACUCCACAGGAGGGUUGACUGGGUCUGGUUCAGCACAUGGAACCUCACUCAAGGAGAAGCAUAAAAUUUUGCACAGACUAUUGCAGGACAGUAGUUCUCCUGUAGAUUUGGCCAAGCUCACAGCAGAGGCCACAGGAAAAGAACUGAACCAGGAGUCCAGUAGCACAGCUCCUGGUUCAGAGGUGACUGUUAAACAGGAGCCAGUGAGUCCUAAGAAGAAUAAUAAUGCACUACUUCGCUACUUGCUAGAUAAAGAUGAUACUAAAGAUAUUGGUUUACCAGACAUACCCCCAAAACUGGAGCGGUUGGACAGUAAGACAGACCCUUCUGGUAGCACAAAGUUAAUACCUAUGAGGACGGAAAAAGAAGAGAUAAGCUUUGAGCCUAAUGAACAGCCAGGCAGCGAGUUGGAUAACUUGGAGGAGAUCCUGGAUGACCUACAGAACAGCCAGCUACCGCAGCUUUUCCCAGAGAGCCGCCCAGGCGCGCCGGCAGGCUCGGUCGACAAGCAAGCCAUCAUCAAUGACCUCAUGCAGCUCACCAGUGACAGCAGCCCCGGCACGGCUGUGGCCACCCAGAAACCAGCAAUGAGGAUUUCACAGAGCACUUUUAAUAACCCACGAGCAGGGCAACUGGGCAGGUUAUUACCAAACCAGAAUCUACCACUUGACAUCACGCUGCAGAACCCAACAGGUGCAGGAGCCUUCCCACCCAUAAGGACGAGUAGCCCAUAUUCAGUGAUACCUCAGCCAGGACUGAUGGGCAGGAAUGAAGGGAUGAUAGGAAGUCAAGGAGCUUUAGGAAACAAUGGCACAGGAAUGAUCAGUGGUAGUGCCCCGCGACCUGCCAUGACAUCUGGAGAGUGGGGAAGCCAGGCUUCUGCUGUGAGGGUGACGUGCGCGCCCACCGCCAGCGCCAUGAACAGGCCGGUGCAGGCAGGCCUGAUCCGCAACCCCACAGCCAGCAUCCCCUUGAGACCUAGCAGCCAGCCUGGCCCGAGGCAGAUGCUUCCAUCUCAGGUCAUGAAUAUGGGGCCAUCCGAAUUGGAGAUGAACAUAGGAGGACCUCAGUAUAGCCAACAGCAGGCUCCUCCAAAUCAGACUGCACCAUGGCCAGACAGCAUCUUGCCUAUAGACCAGGCAACAUUUGGUGGUCAGAACAGGCAAUCGUUUGGCAGCUCACCAGAUGAUCUCUUGUGUAAUCAUCCUUCAUCUGAAUCACCAAGUGAUGAAGGUGCUCUCCUGGAUCAGCUUUAUAUGGCACUAAGAAAUUUUGAUGGCUUAGAAGAAAUCGACAGAGCUCUGGGAAUACCGGAACUCGUUAGCCAGAGCCAGGCUGUGGACCCAGAGACUUUCUCCGGCCAGGACUCGAGCAUGCUGUUGGAGCAGAAGGCUCAGGUUUUCUCCCAGCAGUACACGGCUCAGGCUCAGAUGGCUCAGGGCAGCUACGCGCCCAUGCAGGACCCCAGCUUCCACGCCAUGGGGCAGCGCCCCGGCUACGCCGCCCUGCGCAUGCAGCCCCGGCCUGGCCUACGGCCCGCCAGCAUCAUCCAGAGCCAACCCAACCAGCUGCGGCUCCAGCUGCAGCACCGUCUCCAGGCACAGCAGAACCGGCAGCCGCUGAUAAAUCAGAUCAGCAGUGUCUCCAAUAUGAACCUGUCAUUGAGGCCUGGGGUGCCAACACAGGGCCCCAUCAAUGCACAGAUGCUGGCACAGAGGCAACGGGAGAUCCUGAGUCAGCACCUGCGGCAGCGGCAGAUGCAGCAGCAGCAGCAGCAGGUGCAGCAGCGGACACUGAUGAUGCGAGGGCAGGGCUUGAGCAUGACCCCCAGCAUGGUUGCUACCGGGGGCAUACCAGCAACCAUGAGCAACCCACGGAUCCCACAGGCGAACGCACAGCAGUUCCCAUUUCCUCCAAACUACGGAAUUAGUCAGCAGCCUGAUCCAGGCUUCACAGGGGCCACCACUCCUCAGAGUCCACUGAUGUCCCCAAGACUGGCUCAUACACAAAGCCCCAUGAUUCAGCAGACUCAGGCUAAUCCUGCCUAUCAGUCCUCUACAGAGAUGAAUGGGUGGGCACAAGGGAAUAUGGGUGGAAACAGCAUGUUUUCACAACAGUCCCCACCACAUUUUGGGCAGCAAGCAAGCACCAGCAUGUACAAUAAUAACAUGAACAUCAAUGUAUCCAUGGCAACCAACACAAGUGGUAUGAACAACAUGAACCAGAUGACAGGGCAGAUCAGCAUGACCUCAGCGACCUCUGUGCCUACAUCAGGGUUGUCCUCCAUGGGUCCUGAGCAGGUUAAUGAUCCUGCUAUGAGGGGAGGCAAUCUAUUUCCAAACCAGCUGCCUGGAAUGGAUAUGAUAAAGCCGGACGGAGAUGCAACACGGAAAUACUGCUGACCCUGAGGGCGGUGUGGUUGCUCCUUUCUCCAGCUGAGCGGGCGCCCGGCCCCACACCCUUCCCAGUUGGAGGAGCUGCACCCAUUUGUUGCGCCGCAGCCACGCCGGCACCCAGUGCUGCUGGGCCCAGCCCUGCCCUCCAUGGGGCCUCGUCGCCGGGAGCAGCCUCCUCUUCGACAGUCUGAGGCUAUAGCGUACAGACACUGCUCAGUCUGUUCACUGCAUUCACCUUAGUGCAACUUAGAUCUCUCCUGCGAAGUAAAUGUUGACAGGCAGUUUUCAUAAACCAUGUCAGAUUGAAUGUAUUUAAAUGUAUGUAUUUAAGGAAAAAAAGAAAAAAACAACCAUGCUCUUGUUCUGUUUCCGUUUAGUUCUAGACCUUGGUUUUUGGCUUUGUUUUCCCUGGCUUACUCAUUCCGGUGCAAAGGAUUCCGUUCUGUCUGCAUACUGGUGUUUUAGACUAAGGCCUGCGUUUUGGGGUGGUGAGUGCACGAGGAGGGUCGGGACAUGGUGCCUGGUGCACGUAGGCCUCUGAGGGGCCCAGGCCUCUGUGGGGCCCCUCCCGCUGCCGGCACGUCGGAGAGGACGGACCGAUGAAGAAAACUGCACCGAGCAAUUCUGAAUGGGAUUAGAGUUGUGUGAGAGAUGAGAACUAUCCUGUGAGAGGGCUGUUGAUAAAGGGGCGCUUCGGUUGGGUUUUUUAGUAACACUUUUAAUGCAAAGUCACGAGUCCAAAAAGACACGUUUGCUACAUUCUUAUUUAAUUCAAUUCCUAACGAUCAGCAAAUCCUGAUUUUUUUAAGUGGCUCUCCUGACCUCCGUCAUCUUCCUCUUCCUUCUAACGAUGAAAAAACAAGUUAUCCCCUUUAUUUCCGUAGGUGUGUUUCCAGCAAUCUGGGCGGCAAGUUAGGGUUGCUGAGCAGCAAUGUUCAAUGAUAAUGCAUGUACUGAUUAUGGUAGUGGCAGAAUUGGUGCAUAAUAUCAAAGAGCUAAAGAUACCUGCUUUAAGGCCUGAUAAUUCCUGAUUCCCACCCCCUUAGCCGGGGGAAUAACGAUCCAUGUAAUACCGAUAGCAGAUAUCACUACAGACUUCACCACUAUCGUGUGUUUCUGAUUAUUUUAAAGCAGUGUGGACUAUGAGGACGUUUUGUAAGGUACAUAAAAUCCAGUUUAUAUGUAAACAAGCAAUAAUUUAAGUUGAAAACUUAAGUGUUUUACUUGUAUAAUUUUUGUGAGAUAUACAUGUUGUGAAGUUGAUUCCAAAUGAGGUACUUCAGUAUUAAAUUAGAUAUCUUCUUAGCCGUGUGUGUCUCCUGGAAAAGUGUUUUGUAAAGAAUCACAAUGCCUUGAUUAGCCCUAAUUUGUAGGCUUGAGACUUCUCAUUUUCUAAACCUUGUGAUUCUGCUCAUAAUGUCAUUUAUCUAACCUAUAUUAUAUGCAGCCACUGUAGGAACCGAUUCUUGAUUUUUGUAUGUUUAUAUUCUUUCGUAACAAAUCUUAGAAAAACUAACUGUUACUAAGCAGGCCACUGUUAGGGUGUUGUUGUUUUUCUUGCCCACUGUGGUUGGAAUAAUCUUUUACUAAACUGACAUCAGUUUCUGAGGACUGGAAAUAUUGAGAAAUUGAUGUUUUUGACCUCGGUUUUCUUCCCCCUCACCCCUUGCCCGCAAACUUUCUAACCUGAAUGCAAAUUUUUGGAUGUCAUGCAAAAUGCGAUGCAUUUUAUGAUGUCUCCUCAGCUAUGCCUUUUGGGAGUAAAAGGUUUGCUCUGUUGCCGCUUAAUCAGUUUUGUUUUAUUUUUCAGGUGGGAGUGAAAAUAGACGUUACUCUAUAUUAAGGCUGAGGGAAAUAUGAUGAAGGUGGUUUGAAAUAGGUUGUUUCUUUGGAAGGCAUCUGUUUCCUUAAUAUGAUCGGCAAGGAAAUGUUACGGUGCUGUCAGUUUCUAAGGAGGGCAGUGCCAUGAUUCUGGGGAAACAACGCUUUUCAGCAGCCACCAUUUUGCUGUCAAACUCAGAAAGAAUAUUGGGUCGGCCGAACCGCCCUUCUGUCUGUGUUCUGAUGGAAAACCAAACUAGCCGUCAGCCCUGAGAUCCGCAGCCUCAUUGUUACACCAACAUCCGCGUUAAACUUGCGUUCUGUAUCUGACAAAGUGUUAUUUGUACGAGAAGCGUCUAAAUUGGAAUGAGUCGACUUCAUGCAACACAAAGUGUAGACGAGUUUUAAAAUAAUCGCGUUCUAUUCUUUUUCAAUUCCGAACCGUAACCUCUUCGGAUAGAUUAUUCUUUUUCACAGUGGACAAGUGGAAAUUUGUCCUGUUCCGUGACAGACCUGCAAACCCCCGCCAUCGAUAGUGAUUAUGAUGCUCCAUCGUCCAUUGCCAUUUGGAAAGAAAGGAGGUUGUACCUAUCUCUUUGGCUCAGUUUGGGUUCAUCGUGACUUUGUUGUCUUCUGACUAAAGAAAAACAAAAGUGAGUGAAGGAAUCUUCUGAUCAUAUUGAUCGCUAUAGAAACAAACAAAAAAAAAAGCCAAAUCAAUUCCCUUCAUUAUCAGUAUUUUCAUCGUGUAUACAGUAAAUUUGUCGGAGAAAGUACUAGGAUUUUGUUUAACAGAACAAGUAAUCAGUGUUCUACUUACAUUACUAAAUGUGAAAGGCGCAUAAUGUGAAAAAUAAGCGUAUAUACAUGGUCAUACGGCCUGGUUAAGUGUUCAUGUAACGUGGUAAGUUUAAAAAGUGAAGUGAGCUGUUUUGCUACAAUGAAUUAAUUUGUAUUCAAUCUUGAGAAUAUUGUCCCACGCCGGUAUCCCUUUGGGCCUAUUAAUUAAAAGCAAUGUUUUUGCAGUUUAUACAAUACAUUUUUUAAUCUUUGUUGAAAAACGGAAUUCAUAUGGGCUUAGCAGAUGAAAUGGGUGGCACAGCUCCACUCGCAGAACCCAAAGAUACACAAUCAGUUUUGAAAUGCAACUUAAGCCAUUAAUUGUUGGUGUGAAUUUAAAAGUUUUCUAGUAUUUGUAUGGUAGUAUGCUGCCUAAGAGCAAAAGCAUUCUCUGCACAAAAGAAAAUUUACUGUAGUGGCUUUGAUUUUAAUUAGAAUUUUCUCCCUGGUGUUUCUUUGUAGACUAAAACAAAAUCUUUUAAGUUUCUUACUACAGGUAAAAGCUAUGUGCAAGAACCUCAAAAUGCUAAAAUCUAGCAUAAUGCCUUAGAUCUGUUUUUAAGUAUUGUAUAUUCCUACAUAGCUGUCUGAUGUAUUAUAUUUGUAUAGUGAAUUGUGUACAAUUUUGGAAUAAGUGCAUCAUCACUUAAUCUUUAUGUUGUUCAAUAGAGAUGAUGGACACGUUUCUUCAAGCAUUUACUGUCAUUUAAUUUUUUCCCUUUAUGUCAUUUGUGGGUUUUAUUUGUACAGUUCAUCAUGAAGUUGCAUCUGAGAUGUGUGUAUAUGAAAAGAUUAUACAAGGGUAAAAUUAAGCAAUAUAUAAACUAUGGUUCUUCAGGAGAAAGCUUACAGUGUUUCAGGUUGUGAUUUAUUUUCAAAGCAGAGUUAACUCUGAACAUCACUUUGUUCACCUGCAUUGAUGUUUGUAUUUCUAGUGUGAGCAGUUUAUGCAAAGGUAGAUAUAUUCAGAGAAAUUUUAAAUACAUUUAUGCAAGUUAAUAUUGCUUUGCCGAUGCUAUUUGCUUAUUUGAUGUUAAAUAAUGCUAUUGUAAAUAAAGAAUUCUGUUGUUAUUGCAUCAUUUAAUAAAUUUUAAUGCCUUCGGGUUUUACAUGGCUUUAGAGAUUUCAA